UAGUAUGCGAGCGCCGCCUGGUCACUGCCGGGAGAAAAGCAACCAGCGUGCAGUUUUCCAGGGUCCACGCCCACAAAGCAUGGAAAAGCUCAACCAGCUCGAUUUGCAUUCAUGGACCAACGAACCCGCCUGCGGAAGGCAUGCGAUGCCUGCAGCAUUCGGAAAGUAAAGUGUGACACCAGCGGACCGCCCUGUCGGUCAUGCGCAAGCUUGGACAUCCCCUGCACGUAUGAACGGCCAAGCCGCCGUCGGGGACCGCCAAACCGACAUGCUGAAGCUUUCAAGAAGCGAAAACUCGCUGAAUCUCCAUCGGGUUCUCCAAGCCCAUCAGAUCCAACCUCGCCUCUUCCCCCAACCCCUGGAGGUGGCGGGAUCCCACCCUCACUUGCCUAUCCCGCAUCACUGGAAGCCAUUUGUUCGAUGCCCACCAUCCGGCUGCUGAUUGAUGACUAUUUUACCUAUAUUCACCCCUUAGUCCCGAUCCCGCAUGAGCCCACGUUCCGCGCCGCGCUGGAGCGGCGAGAGGAUCUUACCAACCGCACCUUCCUGGCGCUCGCGGCCGCCAUGAUCGGGACGUCGGUCGCGUCUUUCCCUCGGAGACCGAAGCGUCAUCUGACGACGGAUGCCGAGAAAGCGGCGUUCCCGCACUCUAUGGCACUGGUCAAACGGUGCCACGAGGUAGCCGUUCAGGCUCGAGGUACCGGAUACCUCGAUCGGACCGCGACCGUGUAUGACGCCGCCCUCAGCUACCUUCUCGGCCUCUGCUCCUGCUACGCUUGGCAUAUUCGACGAUGCCGUAUAUAUUUUGCCGAAUGCCUCACCAUGCUCCAUGUGUAUGACCUUUACCGCCACUCGAACCGCCUAUCCUAUGUCACCAUCUCCAGUCCCCAGUCUGCCUCGUCGCGUCUUUCUCAGGAACCCAACGGUGCCUCCGGAGAAGCUUCAGUCAACAUUAUCGAGCGGGAACUGGGAAGGCGGUUGUUUUACGUCGUCCUUGUCGGCUAUCGCUCGAUGCAGCAGCUGGGUGGAGGCGACACCAUCAUUCAUGUGCCCCCUGAGACCCCGACAGAACGCUACCCUCCUCUCCCGCUUGAAGUCGACGACGAGUUUAUAUAUGCCACACACUUCGAUCCCCAGCCAUCUAACCGCGUGUCGCGCCUGGUGGGCUUUAUUGCCAACGUCCGCGUGAUGAGCUCCUACAAUCAGCUCUCGGCUUGGGAGACGGCCUUUGGAAGCGGUCAGAUCCUGGAGUGGGAGCGACAACGCUCUCUUCUAUGCCAAUGCCUGCAGAAUGCCAAGGCGGCCUUUAAUGAGCUUCCACGAGAGCUGGUCAUCGGGGGAAUUCAGAGCCCGGCAUCAACCAAUGGACGCGAUAGCCCCAGCCCACUGUCCAGCACGAACGAUCCGCAAUCUUGUGAACGUCACGUACAGUAUGAGAUCCAGAAGGCGAACAUAUAUGCCAGUCAGCUUGCCGUACGAUCUUAUCUGGUGGAGAAAUACUGGUCCUUGUACGGCGCUGUGAAGAUGCACCAAAAGCCGACCGAGCAGCAUCCUUCUGGCAGUCCUUCGGUGGCCGUCAAGACUGAAGGGGGCCAACCGCAUACCCAGGCAGCCAUGGACGCGGAUGCCCAGUCCGACUACAUCGGCAGGACCAUGGCUGAAGAACGACGACUCGUGAUUCGGGACCUGUUCGCAUUACUGCAGUCGGUCAAUGAGGUCAACAUGGAGCCUAACGGCGCGAGCUUCACGGCGAAGGUUCGCCAGGUUGCAUCAACCCUCCUGAAUUUCUCGAAUCCGAAUGCGACCUCCACGAUAAGCGGUCCACAACCUCUCACCAGCGCCGAAGUCGAGUCAUACCUCCGCGCCUUUAUUGACACACUCAUGCGCCUUGAAGGGUUUGGGCCGACCGAUCCGAGCAAGGCUCGACAGCAACCGGACGUUUCCGGACGGUCCAUGAGUUAUCUGAGCGACCACGACCGGGACGAAGAGGAGCUGCGGCAGUGGGCCGGCAUCAAGGAAUAUCAGGCUCGAUUCGCCGAAGAAGGGGGGAUGGCUUUUCAACUAUAGAAUUUUCUUGCUUCUGGGGAGCAUACAACGAACGCAUCUGCUGUUGUUUGUGCUUGACUGACAUUGUUUGGUGAUUGGUUUGAGAUUUUCUUUAGCAUGUUGUGUCCAGCGGAGUCCGGUGGAGUUUGCUUUUGAAAGGACUUCUAGUUGGUCUGUCUGAAUUAGCGGCCUGCUUGUUGGCGCGUUUCCUUGCUUGUUUGCAUAUGCCUGGGUUGUUUGUAAUUGUAGGAAUGGAUCAAUUGGGUGGGGUGGCUGUUGUGCUUGCUGUUUUUUUUUUUCUCCUUGUGAAUUGGGUUCUUACAAAUACAGAGAUACCAUGGC